CGUGGGCUCUCUGCUGUGCAGAUCACAGUCAGUGAACUUUAACCUAUCUACGCUUUUCUGCGAAGAUGUUGACCUGGAUACUUCUAAGUGCAUUGCUGGUUACAGCCAACUCCCAGCACCUGGAUACUCCAAAGACUUCAGACAAAGAAGUAUGUGAGAAUCUAUGCUCCUGUGAAGAAAGAGAUGGUUUGCUUCACAUAAACUGUCAAGAGAAGGAAAUUACUGAAAUCUCUCAAAUAAAACCUCCAAGACUGCGUACUUACAAUCUUAACCUGCAAAAAAAUUUUGUGAGCAUAUUAUAUCAUAAUGACUUCAUUAACUUCAAUAAAGCAAUGUCACUACAUUUGGGCAAGAAUAACCUGCAAGACUUGGAAGCCGGGAUUUUCACUGGCCUCAGCUCUCUGAGACGGCUGCAUAUAAAUGGAAAUUAUUUGGAAGUGCUUAGAGAGGGUACAUUUCGAGGACUAGAUAAUUUGGAAUUCCUCCAAGCAAACAAUAACUUAAUCCACAUUAUUGAGCCUGGGGCAUUUAGCAAGCUCCAUAGGCUCAAAGUACUCAUUCUUAAUGACAAUGCAAUCCCAUUGCUUCCCACAAACAUCUUCCGUUUUGUACCGUUGACCCAUCUGGACCUUCGAGGAAAUCACUUGGAAUCCCUUCCAUACGUUGGUCUGUUGGAGCACAUUGGAAGAAUAAUGGAACUUCAGCUAGAGGAUAACCCUUGGAGAUGUGACUGUGAUUUAUUGGCAUUGAGAUCCUGGUUGGAAAACAUGCCUCCCCAGUCAGAUAUUGGAAAUGUUAUAUGUCUGCACCCAUUUAAACUGAAAGGCAAAAUUUUAACCAAAAUACCAAUGAAUUAUGUUUGCCCCACUGGGUCUGGCACUAUUUUCGAAGAUAGCCAGGAAUCAAAGCACUUGGUGGUAACCCCAGGUAAUGAUGAGGGACGUAUUGAAAUCUCUAAUUCUAAUAAAUCAGUUAAAGAACCUGAACAUGAUGAUGAAUUCAUACUGCUACCUGAUGGACAGGAUGAUGGCAAAAUUACUGCAUCACCUAUACCACGUCCAGAAUCUCCCUGCCAAACAACUUGCCACUGCAUUAACCAUGCAAACGCAGGACUUCUGAUGAAUUGUCAGGAAAAAAACAUUAAAAGUUUGUCAGAUCUUGUGCCCAGUCCACCAAAUCCAUUAAAGCUUUAUUUGACUGGUAACUUUAUCCAAUCUGUGUUGAGAUCUGAACUUCUAGAUUAUGGCAGCUUGGAGCUGCUACAUUUGGGGAACAAUCGAAUAUCACAAAUUGAAGAGAACGCAUUUAUGAACCUCACCAAUCUCCACAAAAUGUAUUUGAAUGGGAACAGCAUUGUACAAUUGUCAAAAGAAAUGUUCUUUGGGCUCCACCGUCUUGAGUACUUAUAUCUUGAGUACAAUAUAAUCAAGGAAAUAUUAUCAGGAACAUUCAGUGUGAUGCCACAGCUCAAGGUCUUGUAUUUGAAUAAUAACUUGCUGCAUAAUCUGCCUCCACAGAUAUUUUUUGGAGUCCCCCUCCUAAGGUUAAAUAUUAAAAACAAUCAUUUCAUGCAUCUCCCUGUGAGUAAUGUUGUGGAUCAACUCGAGUUCUUGGUACAGAUUGAUUUGGAAGACAAUCCAUGGGAUUGCACUUGUGACUUGGUGAGUUUAAGGCAAUGGGUGGAGAAGCUUAAUAAAAACAUAACUGUAAGUGAGAUUAUGUGCGAAUCCCCAGAAAAGUUUGCCAAGAAAGAUCUGAAAAUGUUAAAAAAUGAACUUCUGUGUCCUGGCUUGCUAAACAUCCCCAUCCACCCAACUCCAUUUAGUCACAUGAGUUUGACUACCACGCCCACCAGCACAGCCUCCAGCCUGCUGAGUUCCAUCACAGACACAGUUCUUUCAGUUUUGAUCCUCAGUAUGUUAGUUGUGUUUAUAUUGAUUGUGUUCAGUGCAGCUGGACUGGUGGUCCUGGUGCUCCAUCGUCGGAGGAGAUCCAAGAAAAAACAAAAAAAUGCUCAAGUCCAGGACUGCAGUCCAUUGCAUGUUCAAUACAGCAUGUAUGGGCACAAGAUGACUCACCAUACUGAAGAAAGACCAGACAUGAAUAUAUAUGAGCAGCACAGGAUUAGCCCAUUGGGUCCGGUGUGUAGGAGCCGGCCUUACAACAUUAGAAAUGUGGAACUGGACAUCGAAAGCAAAGAUGACCCAAAAAUGACCCGUAGAAGUAUCAUGGAGAGAGAAAGUGACUCAAUGCUCAGGGGUUCCAACAUCAAAUUCAGUGUAAUAGAGCAGAAUCCAGAUUUUUNACCCCUCGCUGACCCCAGUUCCUUGUACAAAAAUAUUCUCGAACGAGAAAGAGAACUUCAACAUAUUGGAAUUACUGAAUAUCUGAGGAAAAAUAUUCCACAACUGCAGCCAGAUGUUGAUGUUCGUUAUCCAUCAAGACACGAAGAGCUGAAACUAAUGGAAGCCAUCAUGUAUUCAAGACCCAAAAAGGUUAUGGUUGAAGAGAUGAAAAACGAAUACUUUGAGCUGAAAGCAAAUCUACACACUGAACCGGAUUAUCUGGAGGUACUGGAACAACAGUCAGCAUUGAACUAACCAUGAGUUGUUCAAGGACACAAUAUUUUUAUCUUGCCCAUCAUAUAUUGUGAUAAAUUAGCUCACUUGCUGUACUAAGACUUAGUGCCUUUACAAGUGAUUCCCUUUUCCACAGAACUGCAUUUAAAUAGAGCAGUAAUCCUUAUUAAACUCAGGGAACAAUAGAAAAAAAUGAACUGCCAUUGAGAAAGCCGAUACAGGUACAGUAAUUCACAACAGAAUUUGUUUCAACGCACAAGCUAAAACUGUGCAACAGUCCAAGCUUUGAAAGGCAAUAGUUGGAUCAUUUUUAACUUGUAAAGACGAUGUAAUUAAUGUAGGGUAAAUAUGUUGAAAUAUGAAUCAAUGGUGGUUGAAUGGAAUACCAGAAGGUGUGAUCACUGCUUGUGUGCACGGUUUACUCAAAGGCCUUAUCUUAAUUUUAAUUAUCAUGGUUUCACUCACGGUCUCAUGAUACGAUUUCCCCUAUCUGAUAUAGGAGAGUAUUAUAUGACUUUUGACAAUCCAAUCUUCUGAUGCUGCUGUACUUUUAUUUUAAAUUAUAAACUAUGGAGUCUGUACUCACAGAUCUGCGAAUUUCAAACAACUACUGUAAAAAGCGGACAUAGACUUGACCGCGCACUGUAUAUUUAUACUGUGUCAUGUUCUCUUGUACCACUUUGUGAUGUUUCUCUUGUAUUGGCUGUAUUAUUAAGCAUUCCCCAAUUACUAAGUUUGGGAACACUUUCACUGCUAUUUUUAAUAUAAAAUAAACAAACUUCUUGUAAAUCUUUAAAUAACUAAUCUAAAAAGUUUCAUCACUUGCAGAAAAAAAGCACAUAAAACCAAAAAGUUGAAAGGUAUGGUUUGUUUAAAAUAGAAUAUGGGGCUCUGCAACUUAUUUUUUCAAUAAGUAAACAAAAGAAAGUGUACAAUUACUGUUAGCUAUUUAUUCUGUACAGUUUUGCAAAUAAAAUCGGGGUGCCUUUCUUGUUAAAAAAGAAAAUGUGCACUGAACUUUUGGCUGAAAUAAAGACAAGG